CAUAGGUUACUAGCUUUAUGUAUGAGUUGCCUAAAAAGUCAGUCGACAUUCUGAAGAGACUAACAUGAAAUGGACUUGACUUACACGGAUAUGAACAUGUAGGCUAGAGUGUUUCAGUUUUUUUUGUAUAAAUCGUGUUAAUGCGCGCACGACAGCUGACUUGCACAACAUCUGGCCAGAGACCGGGAUUUGCUUACUGUACCGGUGUGGAACAGAGAAGAAGAAGACUAGGACACGGACCCGUCUCUCCUGAGCUCAGUGGAGACAACAGAUUGGGGCAGGGUGUUGGAUUGACAGUGGUACCUGAGUCAGCCAUGAGGCGGAAGCUGGACAUGUCGGGACUGACGGACGAUGAGGCAGAGCACGUUCUACAAGUGGUGCAGCGGGACAUGAGGCUCCGGAAGAAAGAGGACGAGCGCCUCAGUGAGCUGAAGCAAGAGCUGGACGAGGAGGGUAGUCGUUGCUCCCUGCUCUCCCGGCAGCAUCGCUUCAACGAGCGCUGCUGCAUCCGCUGCUGCUCUCCCUUCACCUUCCUGGUCAACCCCAAGCGCCCGUGUCUGGACUGCAAGUACAACGUCUGCAAGACCUGCCGCUCCUACAGCAAGAAGGACAAAGCCUGGGUCUGCUCGGCGUGUCAGAAGGGCAGGCUUCUGAAGACCCAGUCCCUGGAGUGGUACUACAACAAUGUAAAGUGUCGCUUCAAGAGGUUUGGUAGUGCCAAGGUGUUGAAGACACUAUACAGAAAACACCUGGCGGAGCAAGGGACGCUGGGAGAACUCACAGAGGGUAGCACGUAUGAGGAGAGCAUCGGCAACGAGGGCAGCGUCUGUAGUGAAAACGCCUUCUACAGACAGAGUGAAGAGCACAGCAUGGCAGAGACCCUAACGGUGGCACUGAGGGUGGCAGAGGAGGCCAUCGACGAGGCCAUCGCCAAGGCAGAGGGACACACCGACAGUCAGGACAAGCAGAGCGAGGCAAGGUAUCUGCGAGACCACAGAGAAGAGCUGAUUGAGGAACUGGCCACAACCAUUGUGCAGAAAAUCAUCCGGCGGAGGAAGAACCUAGCUGAGAUGAAGCCAGACUAUGACCUGGACUGGCUCCCCGACAACCAGAGUGGUGACCAGCCCUUGGCUUCAAGCUCCCCCAGCUCCAAGAUCUCCCGCACCACAUCAGCCCGCGCCAAGGCCUCUAUAUGGCGGUCUCACUCUGCCUUCUCGCUGCUGGAUGACAACGUUAUGAUGCAGUGCUCUGGGGUUUCCCAGGACUCUCAGCAUGGGCUGAAAAAGGAGGGAGGAGUGGCAGGAUUGGCCAACUGGAAGAGUGUUGACCGCCUGGACAACUCCAGUGCGUCCUCAGUGCUGAAGAGCCCAGACGGGAACUGGAUCGCCCAGCAGAGCACACAGCUGUCUCGGCCCAGCCUGCUGACCAAGAGGAAGUCACUGGUAUUCAGUGUUUUGGAGAAGGAGUCCGGUGUGAUCUCCGCCUACGAUGAGAUGGGCUCAGACGACGCCGAGGGGGGAGAGGGGGCCUGGGGCGCCGCCCUGCUGGAGAUACGGAGGAAAAUGACAAACGCCAACAACAACCAGGGGUCAGAGGCACCAGAUGCCCAGGCCUCUGCCGACCAGCAGCACAGCCUCCCCUCACACUUGCUAGACCACCACGCCAGCACGGACACCCUCAACUCUGAAUCUGAGGUAGGAGAAGAUCAGAUUCGAGGUCAAGGGCCGAAGCCCCAGAAGCCUCUGCUCGCCGUCCUGAAGAGAAAGGUGCCUGUGGAGCACCGGUGCACCCCCUCUUCACGUCGGUCAUCCCGCCCGGGCAUCUUCGACGUGAACUUUAACCCUGAGGGGACGGAGGCUGAGAGCAGCGGGGCUGAUGAGCUGGAGGAGGGGGGCAAAGUCAGGAGGACGCGAAGGAGGAAGAGGACUAAGAAGGAUCAGGGGGAGGGAAGAGGAGAGGAGUAUAGCAGCAUGCUACUGGAUGCCCUGGCCAAGAAACUAAGUGUGAAAAAGACCAGCCAAUCUGGCGCAGUCACCCCAGACACUCUGACUUUGGAUGGUGGCUUGACCUCCAGGUCGCUGACCCCUGAACCCCGGGGUCCUGAGGGGGAGGCCCCCGGCUGCGGGGCCCCGAAGGGCCAGGGAGGAGGGACCAUGGGAGUGACCAUCAAUCUUGAGCAGGAACUGACCAUCAGACUGAAAGAGCUGGCCAGCCAAGUUGGCCUCGCACACCUCUCAUCAUCUGAGGACGAACUGGACAGAUCGGGAGAGGACGAGGGAGGAAGGGAGGGAAGGAGAGAAGGAACUCAGGAGGAGGAGCGGUUAUGGCAUAUAGAAAUCGAGAUGGAAGGAGGGAGAGUGGGAGAGGGGGAGGAGAGGACAAAAGAAAGGGAGGGAGAUGGAGGAGGAGAGCUGAAGUCAACACUAAUCCAGCUAGCUAGUCAGGUCAGAGGCACAGAAUUCUCAUCCACUGAAGAUGAGUUGGACAGAGUGGGUAGGGUUGAGCGUGAAUGGGAGAGAGAUCGGGUGGAGGAGAGGACAAAAAAGAGGGAGAGAGAAGGAAGAGAGGAGCACACCGUAAAGUUGCGUAUGCUGGCUAGCCAAGUCACACAUUUCUCAUCAACAGAGGAAGAGCUUGACCGAGUGGGUGUUAGUGAUGGAGAGAUGGAGGAGCAGAGAGAAGGAGAGAGGGAGGGAGAGAAGGAAGAGCUGACAUACAAACGGUGCAGACUGACUAGACAGGUCAAUGACGCGCAGUUGUCAUCAACAGAGGACGAGCUGGAUAGAGUGGGUCUCUAUGAUGAAGAGAUGGAGAAAGGGAGGGAGGAGAGAGGAGGAGAAGGGGGUGGAGAGCGGGAGGAGAUAGACGCUGAGGCACUGUGGGAGAUGGAGGGAGAUAAAGAGGAACUGACCUCCAAGUUGAGAGAUUUGGCCAGUCUCGUUAGCGCCUCCCAAUUCUCCUCUACGGAAGAUGAACUGGAUAGAGUGGGAAAGAACGAGGGAGAGAGCGAAGAGGGGAGCAAAGGAGACAAAAUGAAGUUGUCCAAUAGAGUGGCAGACUGGGUCAGAGAGAGAUGUGGAGAGAUGGAGGGAAAGUGGCAUGGAGAGAGAUGGGGAGAGAUGGAGGGAGAGAGGAGGAGGCUACAGGUGGAGAGGGUGAGAGAGAAGCCCUGGUACCAGGGGGGGAUGGAGGUGGAAGGGAGGAUGAUGAACAACGUGAGGAGAGAUAGCAUCGGAGAACUAGACGUCAGACUCUUUGACUUUGAGGAUGAAAGUGAGAAAGAGGGAGAGCUGCAAAGCGAAGAGAUGGACACAAAGGUAGAGGAAGAGGGAGUCAUGAAGGUACAGAGGAUGAUGGAGAGGAUGUUUGAAGGAGGGAAGGAAGGAAAGAGAGCAGGGGAAGCAGAGAGAAAGGUGGAAAGAGGGAUGAGAGAUGCAGAAGUGGGAGGAAGAGAGCGAGAAACAACAGAAAGUGUGGACACUGUGGAGGGAGAGGUGAUGUUUGACAAAAUAAUCAGCAACCUAGAGCACACACUGGGUGGGAUGGAGGUAGAGAUGGAUGGAGAGAUGGUGGCGGACCCCGAAAGAGAAGGGAGAGAAGAGGAUAAGAACCAAACAAAUGUUAGAGAAAGCGAGUUUAUGAAAGAAGAAGAGAUAGAUGAAUAUCUAAUUAAUGAGAUGCUAAUGUUAGAACAGCUGUCAGACAGGUUUGGCACUUUAGACAAGACUGGAGUCAAACCUCAAGAGAAGGCUGGAGGGAAGGAAAGAGAAAGGGACAGUUCGGAUAAGACAGUAGAGAGUGUCGUGGAGCGAGGUGAGAAAGAGGCUCGAGAGAAAGAUGAGCAGACCGAAACAGAGACCCAUAAAAGCAUCCUACCACAGAAUUUAGAUGAGAGAAAGGAACAAAUAUCAGACCAGACAAAGAGCAAGACAUCCCGAGACCUGGAAGAAGAGAGCAAGGGAGUAGAAAGAGGGGGAUAUGAAGGUGGGGAGGUAGAGGAGCAAACAAGCGACAAGGAGAUGGAUGAUUUUGGGGAAAGAGAAGGGGAGAAUUUUGAGAAGAAUACAGACGAGAAAGAAACUGAGAGCAACCGAACUAAGGACCCAGAAGAGAGCGCCCCCUGUGUUCAGGAGGAGAUACUGUCUUCAGAGGAGAUCCAGAAUAGGUACUCGGCGAUGUCACUGCGCAGUAUCACCACUGAGGUGCUGACGGUGUUGAAUGCGACAGAGGACCUACUCCAGGGGGUGGAAGGGGGUGACUACGCUUGUUCUCCUCCCUACACCCCUUCACUACCCCCCAACACUGACACCAAGAGGCUGGACGAACAGCUCAGCAGACUGGAGGAGAACGUGUAUGUGGCGGCGGGCACGGCGUACGGCCUGGAGGCGGAGCUGGACGACCUGGAGGAGUGUGCCCGGGCCAUCGGCGAUGCCACCUCUGACCUGGAGCUGUCCUACCUGGAGGAGCAGGUGGCAUCAGCUGCCGCCCAGGUGCAUCAGUCUGACCUCCAGGUGUCGGACAUUGCAGCCAGGAUCACAGCUCUGAAGAAUGCAGGCCUCAACGUGGUCCCACAGAACCGCUUCACUAAGCCCAAGAAACAGCCUAAGAUAAAGAAACCUAAGCCAGACUGAUCAGGCAUGUUGACCCCUGUCAUGACCCCUAGCUUCCCCUCACACCAGUGCUACCUGCCUUUAACCAACCAUCAGGACAAUGCCAAGUACAGACUGACAGUUUUACCACUCAUUUUGACACUGUGGACAUAGACAAGAGUUGUAGAUUUUUUUUAUAAUGAGAUGAAAAUAGUACAUACUUUAUGUAAAAAAAAGUGGAUGAAGUUAAAAACAUAGAUGGUUUCGUAUAGAAUAUUUAUCAUAAAUAUCAUGCUGUUGAGUGACAUGUCAAUCAUUUCUUUAUUAUUGGACCUUUUAACCAAUCAGUAACCAUAUAGCCAUAUAAGGUAAUGAAGAGAACGGACACAAACAAGCUGUGUUGCUCCUGGCUGAAAGCUGUGAUUAAUACUACUGAUUGUUUUAACAUGUUUUAACAGUUAAAGGUCCAAUGUAGCCAUUUUUAUCUCAACAUAAAAUCAUUUCUGGGAAACAAUUAAGUACCUAACUGUGAUAAAAAAAUUUACCAUUUGAAUUUAAAACAAACAAAAAUAGCUUCUUAGCAAAGAGCAAUUUCUCAAACAAGAAUUUAGCUAGGACUGUGUGGGAGUGGAGAGGGGAAAACUGAAAACUAGCUGUUAUUGGUAGCUGUUAAUAACUAGCUGUUAUUUCCUAUUGGUCUAUUAACUAAUUUACCACCUGGUGAUGCCACCAGGCAGGCCUAAACUCCAUCCCACAAAAAUAGGCAGAAAUUGCAGGUGUUCUUUUUAAACAGCCUUUACACUAAAAGAGCAUUAUCAUUAUUUUCACAGUAUUAUUCCAACCUCAGUGUGGAAAUGCAUAUAUAAAACAUAGGAAAAUCACUUUUUUGACUGCACUGGGCCUUUAACAUGUUUAAUAGUCUAUCAUUGUUAUGGGAACAAUUACAUAUGAGUUAGUUAUUGCAAAAAGUGCCAAAUUACAUCCUUAAUCAUCAAUGAUUUGUCUAAUGUUAAGUACCUGUUGAAUAUGCGUAAUAUGUCAUUUUGUAUUUUCAGGUAAACAGAAAGUCCCACAAUAAAGGUCUAUGGUCGUUAGUUCUUUCUAACCUUGUACAUUUGAUGUUUGAUUUUACAUUGUAAAUUAUAGCGCACAAUAAAAUAAU